CUUUUGAGUGUUUUCACAAAGUAAUGGCUUCUUCUAGGUUACUCUCUUUUCUUCUCCUUUCUCUGCUUGUCAUCUUCAUUUAUCCAUCUAAUUCUUCUCCAGAAAACAAUGUCACCGAAGCUCAAUCUCACAUCAGAUUUAAAAAAGCUAGUUUGUCUCUUUAUUACGAGGCUCUAUGCCCAUACUGCCGGAGUUUCAUCGUAAGUCGACUCGUGAAGGUCUUCAACACCGAUCUUCUUAACAUUAUCAAUCUCAGGCUGGUUCCAUGGGGCAAUGCAGAAUAUGUAAAAACUAACAAGACCAUCAUUUGCCAGCACGGAGAAGAUGAAUGUUACCUCAACACCAUACAUGCUUGCGCCAUCAACAUCUGGCCUGAUCCGAGAAAGCAUUUCAACUUCAUCUACUGCGUCGAAAAUCAAGGCCCCGACGGUACCGAUGCCGUCUGGAAAACCUGCUCUUCCACAUUAGGAAUGGACCAGAAACUCAUCAAGAACUGCUACGACAGCGGAUACGGAAGAAAGCUUUUACUGCGGUACGCUACUGAAACUGAUGAUUUACAUCCAAAACAUUCAUAUGUUCCCUGGGUGACUGUGAAUAAUCAACCUCUUUAUGAUCAAUACGAGAACUUUAUAGCCUAUGUCUGCAAUGCUUACAAAGACAAAUCUUGGGUAAAGGCCUGCCUGUCGCGUUCUCUAAAUGCAACUGAAGAGAAAUCUGCGAUUUCCAAAAGAUCCCACAAUGGAGGGAAGUAGAAGCAGCCUGUAUGAAUUCAUAUUGUAUUGUGAUCAUGAUCAUUUGCCUACCAUUAUGUGAUGUACUAAUGGUUCUUAUGAUUUGUUAUGGAACCAGAAGCAGUUAGUGCCUGUUUAUUUGACAAUAAUUAAAGGCAUAAUUAGACCUUC